UUUACAGAAAAAGACUCUGGUUCUAGUUCUCCACUUCUUGCGAAUCCAAAUACAAACCCUAAAAACAGUGUUUCAUUUUCAUCUUUGUAGGUCAGUUUGCGAGAAUCUCAAUUCUGAAGAAAUACGAACUAAUCAAACUAUAGAGUGUGGAAGUCCGACCAAUUAUUCGCAUCAUCUUCUUCCCACAGGUCAAAUUACGCUAGAAAUAGAGUUUGAUUCUCGUUCUCUCUUCUUCCGGUCCCAAUACCCUAGCUAGAAAACCUUCACUGCAUAUUCUCCACUCAUUUUACUCUAUUUUUUUGUGUGCAUUAUAUAAAUUCAGUAAGAUUAAUUAACUAAUGGAUUUGAUGAGUUGCUGGAAUAGAAGCACAAGGGACUACUCAACAGUGAUUGGAGCAAAGGCUGCCAGUUCAAACAAGUUGCCUUCUUCUAGCUACAAAGGAGUAGUGCCCCAGUCAAAUGGCAGAUGGGGAGCUCAAAUAUACGAGAAGAGUCAUCGUGUGUGGUUGGGAACCUUCGAUGAUGAAGAAGAAGCUGCUAAAACCUACAACAUUGCUUCGCUAAAGUUCCGGGGUCUUGAUGCCAUCACAAAUUUCAGUCCGAACCAAAUGACACCCUACGAACGUGAUGUCACUGAGGCUCUUUUCUUGGAGUCCCAUUCCAAGGCUGAGAUUGUUGACAUGCUUCGAAAACAUUCUUAUGCCAACGAGCUCGAGAUGUACAAGCAUAAGUUGUACAAUGGUGGUGCCCUAGGCCUUGAUGCCGGCGGAAAGCGUAUGAAGUGUCACCUUGAUUUAAUGGACACAUGUAGUAGCGAGAGGGAGCUGCUUUUCGAGAAAGUGGCAACACCAAGCGAUGUAGGGAGAUUGAACCGCAUGGUUAUACCAAAACAACAUGCCGAGAAGCAUUUUCAGGUUCAUCUGAGUGUAGGGUUUGGUAAGGGGGUGUUGUUGAAAUUUGAGGAUGAGUUGGGUAAUGUGUGGAGGUUUGGGUAUUGUUAUUGGAGUAGUAGUCAGAGCUAUGUGUUGAGCAAAGGGUGGAUUCGCUUUGUGAAGGAGAAGAAGCUGAAAGCUGGUGAUGUUGUGAGGUUUGAGAGAUCAGUAGGGGAGGAUAAGAAGCUGUUCAUUGACUGUAGACCAAGAAACGUCGACGUGUCGGGGAUCAGGGAGAUGCAUGGUAGGGUUGGUCAGCCUUUAGGGACGGCUCAAGAUGAUGGAAUGGUGAGAUUGUUCGGAGUUAACAUACAACCUUCUACCUGGCCUCGGUACCAGUAGUGGAGUGUCUUGCUACUUUCAAACAGAAAUGGAAAAUUUGAGCAAAAGGCAAGGGAGAAAGAUCGUGGAAACAUGUGUAGUUGUUAUAUAUACUUUUAAAUUGUUGCAAAAAUACCAAAAAGAGUCAUUUGAAGUGACUUAGUGAGACAUGAUAAAUUUAGAAAAAUCCUAUGAAAGAAAGUUUAUUUCUGAGUCACAUUUAAUAAAAUAAGGAAGUAAUGUACUCUGCUCAAAG